UAUAUCAAGUCACCCUUUUGUCUCCCCUCUCUCAACCAACACAGAGAGAGAGAGAGAGAGAGAGAGAGAGAGAGAGAGAGAGCACAGCAUGAAGAAGAUCAAUCAGCUGAUACUGAGGAAGUGCAAGAGCUUGUCCCGGCAACUGGGGAGAUCGUUGUCCUACAGCAACCUCAGGUCCAAGUCGGCGAGAGAUGUGGAGCUGUGGUGCGGCAUGCAAGACGACGACGACGAGCCUCGCGAGACCAUAAUUGUCGGGAGCUCAAGGAAGCGUUACAUGAUCAGCUCCAAGCACUUGAGCCACCCCUUGUUGAACGCUCUCAUCCAGAAGUCCUCCUCGUCGUCGAAGCAGAAGCCAGGAGACGGGGAUGGUGUUAUUCAGGUGAAGUGCGAAGUGGUUCUCUUCGACCACCUCCUGUGGAUGCUCGACAAUGCCGACCCAAGCAUUGGUCCCGAGUCGCUGGAAGAACUGGCCGAGCUCUACGUUUUCUGACGAUGAUAAGGGCUCCGUUUUCCCUACGCUGCAAAUUUUAUCUAGAUCUCCAGCUAUUAAUGAUUCUUUUAUUUUUAAGAGAGAGAAAUAAUUUCAAAUCUUGAUUCGUUUCAUAUUAGGUCAAGACUGCCGAAUGCACCUGAUCAAAAGUUUAUAAGAUUGAAUCGUCGAGUGCUUGCGGCAUUUCUUUGUGGAUCUACAGCAAUAAACGUAAUUACCAUAUGAAAGAAGUAAUCCCAUGGAUCUGGUGGGUCACAAGUUGGACUCGAGUUAUGGCGGCAAAGGGAAGGGUGGGAUCUACAUGUGUAUAGCAUAAGGUGCUGAAUUCAUGCUGUCUCACAAUAUUACUAUGUGAUUUAUACGGGCGCAGGCAUGUACGUGGUUCUGCUAUUUAGAUCCCUAUGUUCUUGAAUAAAUUUGGAUCAGAUAUUCGGACAAUUCAUUGUUUUUUUCUUUUUCUAGACAUAUAUGAUCUUUUAUUCAUUGGUCGAUGAACAAAAAAAAAGAAACAGCGUGUUCACAGGGCUUCUAGAAUGUUUUUCAGGCCUCCAGAUAGUUCAGUCUCUGCACUUGUAUAA